AUUCACAUGAGUGUGCUGCGCGAAGAAUGCUUCGAAGUCAUUGGGCAGAGCCUUGGCUUGGACCGCCUGGCGCCAGGAUGCGCUGCCGAGUUGGCGCCGGAGAUCGAACUGCGGCUCCGUGAAAUCAUCCAGGACGCCAUGAAGUUCAAAUCCCACGCGCGGCGAGAUCGCUUGACCGUGCGAGACAUCAACCAAGCGUUGUCCUCGCGUAACAUGGAGGUGCUAUAUGGUUUUGGCGCUGGCAACUCCACAAAGUUCCGCAAGAUCAGCCCGGGCCUGUACAUCACAGACGAGGUCGAGGUGUCGGUCGCAGACAUUUUGAACGCGCCGCUUCCCACGAUUCCGUUCGAACCCACAGUGCACAUGCACUGGCUGGCCGUCGAAGGCGUGCAGCCCAAGAUCCCCGAGAACGACGUCGCCGACUCGAGCAGCAGCGUCGUGGACAAUCCUCUUCCGACUGUCACCAUGAACGCGCCCGAUCCGUCGUCGAGCGGCGUGGAGCGCAAGCCGCUCGUGAAGCAUGUGCUCACAGACGAGAUGCAGCUCUACUUUGACAAGGUGACGGACGCGAUCAAGUCGGACGAGUACGCGCGCCAGCACGCCGCGUACGCGAGCCUCACCAAGGACCCCGGCCUCCACCAACUGCUGCCGUACUUUUCGAAAUUCAUCUACGACGAAGUCAAGCAUAGCCAACGUGACCUUACCCUGCUCACCGCGAUCCUUCGCAUGGCGCGGUGUCUUCUCUCCAACAGCUCCCUCCGCAUCGAGCUCUACCUGGAACAACUCAUUCCGUCCAUCUUGACGUGCGUACUCAACCGUCAAUUGUGUGAAAACCCGGCCGACGAUCACUGGGCAGUCCGCAAAUCUGCGGCGCAACUCAUGGCGCAGAUAUGUCACCGCUUUGGUGGGUCGUACGAAUCGUUGCAACUUCGCGUGUCCAAAACCUACCACGAAGCAUUUCUCGACCCGACGCGCCCGUUCACGUCCCAGUAUGGCGCCAUUGUGGGGUGCCUGUAUUUGGGGCCAUUGGUCAUGGAAUCGCUGCUGUUCCCACACGUUGCCACGUACUUGGCACGGCUCGAGCCCGUGAUGUCCCCCCAAAACCCAAACCUCGUCCAACGUCUCGAAGCUUUGCAUUGCGUGGGUAUAUUGGAGCAAGCAGCGGGGCAGUACUUGUCCCAGCAUAUCCAGCCAGGCCAACAUGCGACUCUAUCUCGGGAAUGUCUGGACACGAUGCAUGUGCUCGACGCUGUGUUUGGUGAGACGCUGACGCCGUACAUUUGCCCAUCACUGGGAGACCAAGCGACGACGUAUAUGGACUUAACAUGGUAGCCAUAACUAUAGGUAGUACAUACAUUCAUAUAGCUAUUAUACCAGUGUUGCUCCAGUUUUAUAAGUAAGUGCUGGCAAGAGCGUGGUGUCGUGCAAAAGACUCGUCAACAUGGUGGACGUAUAGCUGUGCUAGAACAUUGUUGGACUAACUAGUACUAAUAUAUGAAUGG